AUGACUUCUGAUGAAACAGUAGAAAUCUUUUCCCGGAACGAAGCCAAGCAGUCUAUAUUGACACUACGAGAAGACGGAUACAAGAAAAUGGAGCCCUCUGCUAUGUCAAUCACAGCGAACCACAACUCAACGACAACGAUCAACCAUCAGAUCUAUGUCACCGGUCUAGGAUCGUCUACCACGUUCUAUGGUAUUGGCCACACGGGCUUGGAUGUCACUCAAUUCCCACAAUUCGACAAGUUGCCUAAAGAAGUUCAAGCCAUGAUAAUCAGGCUUUGUCUCCCAAAACGUAACAUCUCACGGAGACUUUUGGUCUGCCGGGAUCACAAGAAUUGGAUCUUCCUCAUUGAGGAACAAGAGGUGGAAUACACUCCAAUUCAUCUCGUUUCAAAGGCCUUUCGCGAGGUUGGUUCACUACACUUACCAAUUGCGCUUCCGUCUCGCGACAAAAGCAAGCCAAUCUACAUCCAUCAAGAUACCACCGUCGUCCUCAACAUGAGCGAGAAGGAUUUUCAUAACCUCAGAAGAUGCUCCAUGGAGCUUAUUCCGCCAUUCUUUGCUAAGAUUGAGCAUCUGGCUGUACCUCUUCAAUUAUUUGACUACCAUCCGUGUGUCUCUUGUGGUUGCGGGGAGCGUCAAAUGUGUGCUAGAGCAUUUCAUGUUAUUAUCUUCUGGGAAAAACUCAUCUCUGCCUGCUCUCAACUUAAGACUCUCACCGCGAUUCAGUCUAGUGUGUUAGAUUGCGGCCUCCGCAAUAAUUCAGGACUGUACGAACUCAAAAAUCAACUCUCGGCGAGUAUUGGUCAGGUGGAAGAUUGGAACAUUGACUCUGUUGGCAAUUUUUCCACAUACCGUCUCAUUGCAGAGAAAACCAUGGAUAGGGAUCUGAAUGUCGUUCAGAAUGGUACUGGAGAUUGCCAAUAUUCGAAGACUAAUAAGUCUAACCUCAAAAGAAUCCAUCAGCUAGAGCUAGAAUCCGUUACAUCUUAUUGCAUCAACUCUACAUCUCCGUCGCUUAGCGCUACAUACAAGAUUUGGCUCUCUUCCGAGCCUAACCAACAGGAGCUUCGAUACACUUGGAACAACUAUAUCACCAAGCGUAUCGAUGAAGUAUUCAACCCCGCCGAAAUCGAAGACAAUGAAAACAACAGAGAUAUUCAAGAGCUCAUCGAUGAGGCUUAUGAUGCGGUGUAUGAGCAAUAUGAUGAUUCUGACGAAGAGGAUGAUUAUUCUUCUGGCAAGAUUUGA